UAUCUAUCCCCCCCCCUUCAGAACGAUACGAAAAUAUCCAGAAGUUGCCUAUUUACCAGAGAGUACAAGAAUGAGAAUAUUAAUUACGGGUGGAGCUGGUUUUGUCGGGUCACAUCUCGCCGACCGGCUGAUGUUAGAAGGUCACGAGGUUACCGUAGUGGACAACUUCUUCACGGGUCGUAAGAGAAACAUUGAGCAUUGGAUUGGCCAUCCGAACUUUGAGCUGAUCAACCACGAUGUCGUUAAUUCUCUUAUGAUUGAAGUUGAUCAGAUCUAUCACUUGGCGUGUCCUGCGUCUCCACCACACUAUAUGUACAACCCUAUUAAGACAAUAAAAACAAGUUCAUUAGGAACCCUAAACAUGCUGGGGUUAGCCAAGCGGGUACGGGCGAGGCUCCUUCUGGCGUCAACUUCAGAAGUAUAUGGAGAUCCUGAAGAGCAUCCGCAAAAGGAAGAAUAUUGGGGUCAUGUUAACCCCAUCGGUCCCAGGGCAUGUUACGAUGAGGGCAAAAGAGUUGCUGAAACCAUGUGCUACGCGUACGCAAAGCAGGAUAAAGUUGAAGUCCGAGUUGCCAGGAUAUUCAACACCUUUGGACCUCGUAUGCACAUGAAUGACGGCCGGGUCGUCAGUAAUUUUAUUCUCCAAGCUCUCCAGGACGAACCAAUCACGAUAUUUGGGAAAGGACUGCAAACGCGAUCUUUCCAAUAUGUCAGUGACCUUGUGAGCGGUCUUAUUGCGCUCAUGAAUAGCAAUGUUUCAUCGCCAGUGAAUAUUGGUAAUCCUGAGGAGCAUACAAUUCUUGAAUUUGCUGAAAUAAUAAAAAGUAAAAUAGGGGGAGGGAGUGUAAUCUCACAUGUCCAAGCUGCUGAAGACGAUCCUCAAAAGAGAAAACCUGAUAUUACCAAGGCAAGGUCGUUAUUAAAUUGGGAACCAAAGGUUCCAUUAGACGUCGGGCUCGAAAAAACCAUACAGUACUUUAGGAACGAGCUGAACGCAACAAAGGGAACGUUCCAACCCAACGCGCGCAAGCAGAUACCAGGAAGCGAGUAGCGUGGACCAUCACAAACAUUGGAUUAACCCAUCGACUCCAGAACUCUGCAAUUCCCACAGACUUUGGACAGAGACCAUAUGGUCUCAGUAGGAAAUAGGUAUACUUCCUCGUUGAUUUCCAGUUCUACAUUUCCUGCCGUUUACUCUCUCGGAUUGACCUUGCAGUUUUAGGCUGUGUUUACACAAGUUUUUUUUUUUUUUUUUUACUCAGAAACGAACCUGGAUCAUGAUUCAUGCAUUUUGUCAUGCAUAUUCUGUGAAAAGGAGCCUUCAUUCAGUUUGUUUUGAACAUAAUGUUUGAAUUACAUCAUUUUUCUUGGACACUGUAAUUUAUGCUGGGAGCCGGGCUGGGCUGGAACUCAAGAGCCCGGCGAGUUGGGGGAUUUCCCCCAGGCCAAGCCAGGUUUUCCUUCCGAGCCCCAACGCUACUGUAAUUUGAUCACAAGAUUGUAGUUCAACCAGUGGCCAAUGUGUUCCAUUGAAAGCCUGCUAGAAAAUGACAUCAUAUCCAUUUAAAACUAGGUUGCAUUCUUAUUCUAGUAGAAAUAGAGUCAAGUCACAUUUAACUGGGAAAGGAGAACGAUUCGCUGACACUGGAUAAUGUGAAAAGCAACGCAAACACCUGUACACUUACAUCUCUGGGGGACAGCAAUUUGGAUGUCAUAUGAGUUAAUUUUAAUAAAUUGGAUAUGUACUGUUAGGGAUUUGUGCCCCAAUUGGCUCUCCAUAGUUAAACCACAACUUUAAGUUCAGAAUACAGCCCACCUUUUUUUUUAAUAAGCUGGGUCCUGUAACAUGAAGCUUAGCGAUGGAUUGUUCAUGCGGAUUUUACGAUUGAUCCUACACAAUAAUCUACUUAGUAUGCAAUCAAUCAGGGUCUGUGCCUGCAGACUAAGGGGUGAGUAUGAUUGGUGCAUGCAAACAGGGUGCUACAUAACUUUUAAAAAGCACUUGGAUUCUCUCAUGGGCUAGUUUCACAAAAACUUGCAAUCAAACUAAAGUUGGUGUGCAACCAUUCAGAAACAUGCGGAUGGGACUUGCGUUUGAUUUUUUUCUUUGCGUUGUGUUUUAACAUAAUCAUCUCUCUCUCUGAAUUAAUAUUUGAUGCUCAAUCAUUUUCAGGUUCGUUUGGAUUUGGUUUAUCGUUUAUUAUUGCAAUUUGAUUAGGGUGUUAUACUCAGAUUUAUAACAGAUAAGUAAUACAUCUGGGGGUGUUUCACAAAGAUUUAAGUAUGACUUAGGUCGCACUUAAAUGUUGAUGCGUACAUGAUAUGCAACGCGCAAUCUUAUUGAUCAAUACCCAGUAGUGCGCGUCUUCUUGGCAUGAUCUGACCAAUGCCGUCAUGCCUUUUAUACUGCGCGCAACAAGGCAUUUAAGUGCGACUCUAAGUCAUACUUGAAUCUUUGUGAAACACCCCCAGGGUCCUUAACUAGUCUCAAAAUUAAUUGUAUCUUUUGUAUGUCUAGACCCAAAUAUAUCUCUUGAUUUGAUCAGAUUUUAUUAAAGUUUCAUUAAAAGUGUUGGUAUCCUAUUUGGCACCCCAUACUCUAGCUGUUCCUAUAGUCCUGCAUAACUAUACAAAUAUUGUUUUAAAUCAUGCUGGCAUACAUGUACAGGUCUCCUUUCACUGAAGUUUUAAAGUAGUAUUAAUUUAAUUUUUAAAUUAUUGAAUAAUCAGGUGUUAUGUUGUAUAUUCUUUCUAAUUGUAAGUUGUACUCUAUUUAUUCAGCCCCAUUAGGGGAAAUGUACUUACACAAUAGGUGGAAUUAAAGCAGAAUCCUGCUAUGAAAUAUUGAGUUUAGUUGAAUUAAUGGCAUCCUAUUAAUUUUGUCGUAAAUGUACAGUGCAGCAACAAAGAAUGAAAAUCCUGAAAACCAGAGGUCUUUUGAUUAUUUUAUAGCAGAAAUCUGAAUUAUAGAAUAUAUUUUUUUUUCUUAAGUGCCAGGUUGAUUUUGGAGAAAAUGUGUAUUUGAAAUACGAGCAUUGGGGUAUGAAUAAUGUACAUGUACUUUAUCAUGCAACUGUAUGAAGUUUUUUUUUAUUUCUGCAUUUAUUUUGCCAUCUUGGCAGGUGUUGGUGGCAUUAAGUGUGCAAUGAAGAAUAAAGCUUACACUCUUUUAUAAAUUCUUGAAUGUAAAUUUAAUCAAGACUGAUAAUUUGUCCACAUUUGUGUACAUAGUCUUGGUACAAACUCCGUACACACCAUAUAUAUUUUUUAAUGUUAUUUCAUGGGAAUUAAACUGUUAUGUAAAAUUUACAGAAGAUGAUAUCUAAAUACUUUUAAAUUCAAAACAGUAUAUUUUUGCAUCCACGUCUUCUAAACAGUAGAGCUGAAAUUUUGUAGUAUUUAUGAUUGUAUGUUAAAAGUUCUCUUAAGUCGUUCUUAUAGAUAAAUGUAGUUUAUUGCAUUUCCUUUUGUUUGUAUAUUGGUAAGAAUAUACUGGAAGAUUUUAUGAAGUGAUAUGGUGAAUCCGAAAAUUGCAAGUUGUUCUGUAAAUUUACAAGGUGUCAAUCAAUUUCAACUAAAGCAAACUGAUUGAUGCAUGUUGAUACAAGCAGGAGACCAUCGAUCUAAGUUCUGCAAAUUUGCAAUCAAUUACAAGAAUUACAAUUGAUUUGGGGACAUAAAAUUGACUUGCAAUCAAUCGCAUGUUUCUUGCAACACUCCAUUGAAGUCACACCGAAUUAUUUGUGAAAUGUAUUCCUCCACAUGUGUUUUCUCCACUCUAAGAGUAGUAUACAAGAGGCUGGAUUGUUACAGAGCGGUUUUCUGCUCAUCCUGCACGUACAUUUUCUGUAGCAUUGCACGAUAAAAACAGAAGAAGGGUCACUUUGAGUAUCGAUUUUUUUUUUAAAAGAAUUUUUUCUGUAUACCUGGUUUGAUUGAGGUGCCUUAUGAAAUUAAAUUGUUCUUCUCCUAACUCAACGGCCUGAAUUCUGAGGUCCAGUGUAACUUGGGCCAUGGCCUAAAUCUGGAGCCCGUAUUACAAAGAGUUGCGAUCGAUCCGAUCAAUCGCAACUAUGGAAAGCCAGCAACGUGAACAUAAAAAAUACAUGUUUGUUCAAAAUAUUUGUGUAGAAAUGAUGUUUAUUCAUAUAUUCACUGUUUUCUGGACAAUUCAGUGUGAUUCUCUUUGUUUUCAAAGGACAUUGAGCAAAUUUCCUAAAGAAAAAGUUAUGACAUUAAUGGAUUUCCAUAUACUUAAGAUUGAUUGUAUCAAUCAUAACUCCUGGUAAGAAGGGGCCCAGGGUUAAGGUUAUGGGAAGCCAUGAGUGUCCAGAACUUGUAACACUGUAAUGCUUCUUGUGUUUUCUAGGACCCUUCUUGUUUUAACAAGGAAGGAAACUAUUGUAUUGUGUUUAUAAAUUGAGAGAUUCGUUAAAGACCCUGACCGGUGUAAAAACAA